AUGAACACUCAGUCUCCACGUGUACUAUUGGAACUGGCAGUUGAGAGCUUGCUAAGAGACAAGGCCCUGGUCACUGAGGCCUUGGGAUAUUUACCAAGGGAACUCUUCCCACCAGUGUUCAUGAAGGCCUUCACCAAGAGACGCACAGAUGUUGUGAAGGCCAUGGUGCAGUCCUGGCCCUUUCUCUCCCUGCCCCUGGGAUCCCUGAUGAGCAUGGACAGGCCAGGGAAAAGGAUGUUGCAAGCUGUGCUGCGUGGACUUGAUGUGCUACUGAAACAGAAGGUGUGCUCCAGGAAGUUGAAACUGCAAGUGCUAGAUAUGUGGGCUGUGCACCAGUACUUCUGGAGAGUCUGGCCUGAGAACAAGUUGGAAGACUACACCAUAAAAUGGAGCAGAACAGAGAAGACUGGCCCAAGGGUACCAAACAAGAGGAUCCUCAAAAUCAUUGUAGACUUGUGGAUUGAUUUUGAACCUGUGGAUCAAUUGAUGUCCUUCCUUCUCCAAUGGGUCCAGGAGAAGGAGGGUCUGGUGCAGCUGGAUUGUCCAAGUGUGCACAUUAGUGUCACAGAUGUUGACAUCACAGGGAUCCUGCAAAUGCUGAACCUAGAACAUGUGCAUGAAGUGGAUGUGGAUCUCGGCUGGAAAAUCUUUGCAUUUGCUCAGUUUGCCCCCUUUUUGGGCCAGAUGAAAAAUCUUUGUAAAUUAACUUUCUGUGGCAUCGAUUUGCCUGCCAGCAUGUCCUCAGAGAAGAGACAGAAGUUGGUCACUGAAAUCACCUCAGAAUUACUUAAACUUCAUUUUCUGAGGGAAGUUUUCAUUGACCACGUUAACUUCAUUGAAGACCACUUGGACCAGGUACUCAGGUGCCUGACAUCGCCGUUGGAGGCCCUGUCAGUAACUGACUGCCUGCUUUCACCCUCUGACUGGAACCUGCUUUCUUGCUCUGAGCAGAUCAGACAGCUAGAAUACUUAAAUUUGAGUUGUACCAGGCUGACCUCCUUCAGUCUUGAGCCUCUCCAACACUUACUGAGUAAUGUUUCAGCCACUCUGACCAUCCUGAAUUUGGAAAACUGUGGGAUCACUGACGAACAGGUCUGUGCCUUUUUGCCUUCCCUGAGCAGCUGCUCCCAGCUCAUUACCUUCUGCUUCAUAAGAAACUUCAUGUCCAUGUGCACCAUGAAGAACCUGCUAUGCCACACUGCCAGGCUGAGAAAGUUAACCCUGGAGAUGUACUCUCUUCCUCAAGAUGUCUAUGUUAUCAGAAAUGAUGCCCACCCAAGCAUAUCAAUCAAGAUUCAGGAAAAAGAGCUGUGGAACACGGGUCAGAGACAAGGGCCACUGGAACCUGAGCAGACGGAGCCUGGCUCUGUGGCAGCCAUCUGCCACCAGGCUCGGGGCCCUGUGGCCUUCUGGGUGAUGUGUAAGCUGGGAGGGGAGGACAGGACCCCAGAGUCCCCCUCUUCUUAUGCAGAAAUUAUCAAAUAUACCACCCCCCUGCCUGAAGCUGAGGUGGAGAACGUCCCCGCGGUACCCGUAGAAUGA